AUGCCAAUGACAUCAACAUCAUCGAGACCAGAAUUACUUCGACUCUCAUCAGCGCCACUUUCCCCAUUAGAAUAUUUUACCGAUUCAUCAAAUACUAUCAAUAUCAAAUCUGACGUUAUUUUAGUUGUUGGUCAAGUAAAAUUUUAUUGUCAUCGUUUACUAUUAACAUUAGUUUCACCUGUAUUUGCACGAAUGUUUGAAGGUGCAUUUAAAGAACAUAACGAACAAGAAAUAGUCCUAGAAGGGAAAUCAACUGAAAGCAUACUUGAAUUAUUAAAAUAUAUUUAUCCACAAUUUAAUGGUCACAUUACUAAUGAUAAUGUCGAUGAUUUUCUUCAAUUAGCUGAUGAAUAUAUGAUUGACCAUCUUAAACAACCAUGUAAAGAUUUUUUACUUCAACAACUGGAAUCAUUCAAAUUUGUUGUACUUCCAACGCAAAAGAAACUUCAAGAGUCACCUGCCAAAUCAAAAAGUUUUCAUGCAAGUGAUUCAGCAUUGAAUUCCCCACGCAAUAAUGAUGAUCAUUCACCAGGACAGGGAAAUGCUUCAAGUCGUCCUAAUUCAUCACAUCGAGGAACUCCAAAUACUCGAUAUCCUUCAUCAAAACCCAGUUCAACAUACCUGAAACCAGGCGACAAAACAGGAGUAUCAUCUAAUACUCCCUCUCGUUAUAUUAUUCUUCUUGAUAAAUCACAAAUGCCUGCUUUCUAUGAUGUACAUAACACACAAGUUUCAUUUAGUAAUAAUGAACUAGAAAUAUGGCUUCGUCGUUUACGUAUACUUUAUCAAAUUGAUAGAGGCCGAAAUUAUGGCGAAGUUAUUGAUUAUAUAUUGAGUAUUCUUCAAUUUAUACCUACUACUCUCCUUGCAUCUCAUGUACAUAUGACAAUGGAUACUUAUACAGCCGAUGAAAUUAUGCUAAAUGAUUUGAAUCGUGCACGAUUGUACGCUCUUGAAGAAUGGGCUGCAGAUGGCGAUUCACGUCGUUCAGUAAACUUAACAGAAUCCUAUCGAACAAUGUCUCCUAGCGCUUUAAUUAUUGCUCAACAAACAACAAUUACGACAGCACAAGUAAGCAGCAAUGAAGAAAAUUCUUUUCAACCAACUAUAAUCACGAUGUCCAAUUCGGACGAAGAAAUUCCAAUGAAUCUUUUAAAUAAUGCUGAUUAA